UCCCGUGGGCUCCGGGAGGACGUGGACAUGGCGGCUAGCAGCUCUUCCGGCCUCGCGCAGGGCACCAACCCGUCGUCCAGCACCCAGUCGUCCUCCGCUUUCCCCCUCCCAGCUACUGGGGCCAGCUACACUGUGCAGUUUACCCCCAAAAUGGAGAGCACCGCCAGCCUGGCCCUGGCCCCCGCGAGCCAGCUGCCUGCGCCUGGAGGAGGAGUUGCGGUGGGGUAUAGCUGCUCCCAGCCCCAAGCCAGCCAGGGCCCCACAUCCAGCAGCCAGCCCCGGGGUCCUGUGCCUACCUCUGCAUCCGCCCACCAGGAGGAUGGUCACAGCUACCGAGAGAAGGUGACCAAGAGCCGCACAGACUCACGGGAGCGGCCAGCCAGGUCGCUCUGCAGGCCAGGACCAAGCUCCCGCAGCCCUGACUCGGACUCAGUGUCACCCGGCCCGCAGCGUCCUCCGCCCUCCUCCCAGCGGGCCCCGCAGAAGCUGCAGGCACCGUCCCCGCCGCCGGCUCCCGUGGGCUCGGACCCGUGGGGUGGCCCUGUCCUCGGGCCCUGGGACCCCACCUUUACCAGCGAUGCGCUGCCGUUCCUGGACAGGCUGCCGAAGCCCAAGGCGGGCCCCAGGCCGCCCUCUAUGCACUAUUGCGAGGUCUGCAGGGUCAGCUGCGCGGGGCCGCAGACCUAUCGGGAUCACCUGGAAGGGCAGAAGCACCGGAAGAAGCAGGCGGCUCAGAGGACCAGCACACAGCCCAGUGGAGGUCCCAGAGGAUCCCAGAGCCUCCACUGUGGCCUGUGCGCCGUGUCCUGCACGGGGGCUGACGCCUAUGCUGCGCACAUGAGGGGAGCCAGGCACCAGAAGGUCUUCAAGUUGCACACCAGGCUAGGGAAGCCCAUUCCCUCUGAGCCCACACCACGGAGUGUCACCUACACCCGAGGUUCGGACAGCACCCCCGAGACCUCAGUCAAGCAUGAAGCUCAUGCCCGUCACAGCUCACACACCCAAGGCCGGCCAGCACCAGCCAAGGGAUCAGCAGCCUCACGCAAGGGGCCACCUGAGCUGCAGACAAUGCAUGGCCGACCUGGAGACAGGCGGCCAUCACACUUCAAGGUGGAGGCCACCAGGGGAGGCCCUGGGGAAGCUUCGGGGAGCUCUGGAGACAUGGCGCCAGUGGGCACAGAGUAUGUUGAGGAGGUGUGUAGUGAUGAGGGGAAGGUGAUCCGCUUCCGAUGCAAGCUCUGCGAAUGCAGCUUCAAUGACCGGAACGCCAGAGACAUGCACCUGACUGGACGCCGGCACCGUCUGCAGUACAGAAAGAAAGUGGAUCCUACACUUCCAGUAGCUGCCCGGCCCAGCGGCCCCAUUCAGAGGGUGCUGGCCAAGAGGCUACAGAGGCACUGGCAGCAGGUACAGACACAGCUGGAGGAUACACGGCGCUGGGACUCUGAGCUAAGGCAGCAAGAAGAACACAGCAGGCAGCCUGAGGAGACUCCACAGCCCCAGGUUGAGGAGCAGCUACCAGGGCUUCCUGCAUGGGCAUUGCCAGCUCCCACCACCAGACCAGGGAUGGCCACUGCACGGCGCCAGUCAGGGCGUCGGCCGGAGAGCAGCGACGACCGUCAUGUCAUGUGUAAGCAUGCCUCCAUCUACCCCACGGAAGAAGAGCUGCAGGCCAUCCAGACAGCUGUGUCCCACACAGAACGAGCACUCAGACUGGUGUCAGACACCCUGGCGGAAGAGAGCAGCCAGCACGGCACCCUGGCGUCCCCACCACCGAGGAUGCUGAAGGGUGUGGUGCGGGUUGGCAUUCUGGCCAAGGGCCUUGUCCUCCGUGGGGACCACAGUGUACAGCUGACCCUGCUCUGCUCCAAGAAGCCCACGCACUCCCUGCUGCAGAGGAUCAAGCAGGAGCUGCCCCGAGAGCUGUCUAUAGUGGCAGAAGACAAGUACGAGGUCUCAUCUGACCAUGACGCCAACAUUGUUAUCUCAGCCUGUGUGGAGCCUGGGGUGAAGGUCACCGUGUCUGCCACCUCACCUCUGAUGCGGGAAGAUCCCUCUGUAAAACAAGGACAGCAAGACGCUCUGUCCGACCCAGAGGACGUCUUAGACCGGGAGAGGUGCCUUGAGACCCUGGCAGCCCUCCGCCAUGCUAAGUGGUUCCAGGCUCGAGCCAGCGGCCUGCAGCCGUGCGUGAUUGUCAUCAGGGUUCUGAGGGAGCUGUGCCGCUGCCUGCCUCCCUGGGGGGCCCUGCCUGCCUGGGCCAUGGAACUGCUGGUGGAGAAAGUUCUGAGCUCUGCACCCCGGCCCCUGAGCCCAGGGGAUGCCAUGCGUCGGGUCCUGGAGUAUGUGGCCACAGGUGCGCUCCUGACAGAUGGCCCGGGGCUACAGGACCCUUGUGAGAAAGGUCCACAGGACGCCCUGGAGCCCAUGACCCCACAGCAGCGAGAAGACCUGACGGCCAGUGCGCAGCGUGCCCUGCGUCUUGUGGCCUUCCGGCAGAUACACAAGGUCCUUCACAUGGAACAGUUACCUCCACGGACCAGAUUCGGGGCCGGGGCCCGGGCCCGGAAGAGGAUGAGGGAGGCUAGUCAGGCCCAGGAGGGCACCAGGGAGAGGAAGCGGGGCCGACAGGGCACAGCAGGGCUGCCUUGAGCCAGUCAUCACCACCAACCUACACCUCCCAUACCUGAACAGGUGUGGUCCCUCCAGCUGCUGGCUCCUCCUGGUGUGGAUGCCUCUGUCAUUUUGUUUGUAGGUUUAUUUACAACGCAGUGGGGGUUCCCCUGAGGUGACCCUCAUGCUCAUGGCUGUCACCCACCACCCCCAGGCCAGAUAGCAGUGAUCUCCUUGGUUUUAAUUGCUAUUUGAAACUCCCUUAAUGUCAUAAGUGAAUGGGAUCUGAAUUGCCUCCUCGAGAUGCCAGGAAGGGUGGCCUGGAAGAUUCUAUGGGUCACAGAGUUGGGGUAGAGGAGCAGAGAGCACAGAAUGAGAUUCCCCAGGCCCAAAACCCACCAUAUCCUUUAAACAGAUCCCCUUACUACACACCAGCUGUGAGGACACUGUCACCCCACAGUGCAACCCUAGCCCCAGUCACUGAGUGCCUUCCGCAGAUGGCCGACUCCGCCCCAUGUCACCCUGUGGACCACUGGGCGUGGACACAGCUCUAUCCAUUAGGCCUCCUUUGCCUCCUUUGGACCCCCUUGUAUCACCCCUAGGCUUCAACCCUGUUCCCUUCUACCUGUGGCUUUUAAAGGCCAGCCCACACAUGGCGCAAUGCCUGGAGUCUGUAGAAUCAUCCAGAACUUGGCUAGGGUGGGGAAUAAAGCAGAUCUGCCCGUGUG